AUGUUCGAGUUGAUUGUUAUUGAGUACCUUCAACAAACGGCAUAUAAGGAUUGGUCAAUUGUUUCUUUACUACAAUAUGUCGAAGCAAAAUCUGAAUUAUCUGCUGAUAUGAUCGAAACCCUAAAAUCAGAAAUAUAUUCAGUCCUACGAAGUUUCAGUGAUCCUAACAGCAUCAAUCUUCAUGAGAAUGCAAAAAAAAGAGCGUGGAAACUUUUAUCAGAAUUUGAUAAAGCAUUCUCCUCAACUGUCGUGAAAAUUUUUAUUGAAGGGUUAAAAUUACAAGAUGAAAGAAAGGAAUCCCUUACAGCAUUUUCUCGCAAAAUAACAUCGAUAGAUGCAUUAAGAUCAUUAGAGGAACAACGUAUGGCAAAGGUAUUAAUUGAAAUUAUGCGCAAAGAAGAAGUGAGAGGAUCUACCUCUACUAUAGAUGAUCAUAUGAAGCGGAAGCCUGGUGAGUCUCAUUCUCCGGAUAAUGAUGAAACGUUGACGAAAAGAGUGAGAGUAGGAAUCGAAAGUCAAAAUACAACUAUUCAUGAUAAUGAUGAAAUAUCACCGCUAUUUAAUAUUAAAACAUUAACUUCGCCAAAGUCUUCUCCUGUCGAAUCCGAAGAAAUUAAAAAUGGAGACACAGAGGAUCUUAUUGGAUUCUUAAAAAAACGAGACUUACAUUUGAAUGAAAAACAUUUCAAUAUAUUACGCGAUCAGGAAAUCACUGGCUGUGAUUUUGUCAAAAUGAACAAAGUUGAUUUCAAGGAAUGCGGUUUUGAAACAGGGCCAUCAAUGAGACUCGCGGAUGUUGCUGAAGAGCUUAACAACCAAACCAUUCUCUCAGUAGCUAAUAUCAAACCUGACCGGGAAGGACUCCUUAAUGAACUCCGUGAAGAACUCCUUAACGAACUUCGUAAGGAACUCCAUGAAGAAUUUCGUAAUCUUGGUGGUAUUCUCUGUAAAAAUCCUAGAAGUGAUUAA